ACUUCCCAUACGGCAUACUCAUGUGGCCAUGUGGGUGCCGUAGAUUGCUGUUAUCCGCCAUAUCUCCCGCAAUCGUCGCCGAACUGAAACAUACAAAAGAAGCUGAGAGGAGAGAAAAGUGGAAGAAAAGGACGGAAACGAAAAGGAAUUUUUGGAAUGCUUUUGGGCGUUUGUUGCCGGAGUUGUAGCAGAUGGGUUGCGUCAGCUCCAAGCAGGCAGUGCCGGUGACGCCUGCUUUGGACCAUUUCGGUGCGUUCCUGGACAGCGGUGUCGGGUCGGGUAAAUCGGGUCGUAUACGAACCGGUUCGGGAGAGAAUGAGAAGGGGAAUGGUAGUAAUAUUACGAAAAAGAGUGGCAAGUCGUUGGUGGUGGUGGGGUUGAGUGGUGUCGAGUUGGGUGAGUCCGGGAGACCGAGUUCGAACGUGAACUAUUCAUCAUUGAGCUUCAGAUUGGGGAAUUUACAAAAGUACUUGGAGGCGGAGCACGUGGCGGCUGGCUGGCCUGCUUGGCUCAGUGCCGUCGCCGGCGAAGCCAUUCAAGGCUGGAUUCCUCUCCGAGGCGACGGCUUUGAAAAAUUAGAAAAGAUUGGACAGGGAACAUAUAGCAGUGUUUUCCGAGCACGCAACACGGAAACUGGGAGGAUAGUUGCCCUGAAGAAGGUGCGGUUUGAUAAUUUUGAUCCUGAGAGUGUUAGGUUUAUGGCACGAGAAAUUAUGAUUCUACGCAGGUUUGACCAUCCAAAUAUCAUAAAACUGGAAGGUUUAAUUACUUCCCGUGUAUCAUGUAGCAUAUACCUUGUAUUCGACUACAUGGAACAUGAUAUUACAGGACUGUUAUCUUGCCCAGACAUCAAGUUCAGUGAGUCACAGAUUAAAUGCUACAUGAAGCAGUUGUUAUUUGGACUUGACCACUGCCACUCAAGGGGAGUAAUGCAUCGAGAUAUUAAAGGAUCAAAUAUUUUGAUUAAUAAUAGGGGAAUUUUAAAGGUGGCUGAUUUUGGAUUGGCAAAUUUUCAUAGUUCUGGGCAUAGUCAACCCCUAACCAGUCGUGUUGUCACCUUAUGGUACCGUCCUCCUGAACUUCUGCUGGGUUCGACUGAAUAUGGAGCAUCUGUAGAUCUCUGGAGUGUUGGCUGUGUAUUUGCAGAACUAAUACUAGGAAAAGCUAUCCUUCAAGGGAGAACAGAGGUUGAGCAAUUGCACAAAAUUUUCAAGCUUUGUGGAUCCCCAGCUGAUGAAUACUGGAAAAAAACCAAACUUCCUCAUGCAACCCUAUUCAAACCACAGCAACCUUAUAAUAGUUGUCUUCAGGAGGCCUUUAAAAAUUUACCAAAAACCACCAUAAGCCUGCUAGAAACUCUUCUUUCCGUAGAACCCUGCAAGCGAGGGACAGCCUCCUCUGCUCUUGCAUCUGAGUACUUCACAACAAAGCCUCAUGCAUGUGAUCCAUCAAGCUUGCCAGUAUACCCUCCUUGCAAAGAGAUCGACGCAAAAAGUCGUGAGGAGACAAAGAGGAAAAGGAUUGGUGGGAGAGUUCGUGGACCUGAAAUUACAAGAAAGCCUUCAAGAAAACUCCACGAAUUCUGUAAAUUGGCACCAGCAGAGGAAAUGGCAAAAGCUCAAGAUUCUCAUAAGAUCAAUGGUAGCGAUGGACAUAUUCUAAGAGAAGUAAAUUCCACUAAAGAUAGGGGGGCACAAAAGCCAUCAGUUGAUAGUCUUGGAGAGGUUUCCGAUGUAAAGAACGCAUCUCAAGUCGAAAAUCCUUUUUCUAGACCCUUACAAGUUUCUGCAUCAAGUAACUUUGCAUGGGCAAAAAGGAGAAACGAUGAUGCAUCCUUAAGAUCACACAGUACGACUAUUUCAAGAGGACAAACUUUUAGUGUUGUAGAACCUGCCGCUGCAUUGCAUGCAAGGAGCAAUGUUGACUACAGAAGGCACAAAAAUGAGGAUGUUAUAACUGGGACCCGCUCAAAUUGUAGAGGCCAUGAUUCACAUAAGGUUUUGAAGCUUCUCAUGCAGAAUAAUUGGUGCAAGCUUGAGCAUCCAGAUUCAUUUGAUGCUUCUGAUGAGUACCACUCUCAGGAACUGUCAAUGGCUCAGUAUGAAAGAGAGGAAAUUGUAGCCAAAAGAAGCAAUCUGGGCUACCAGGAUGAAGGGGACAAGGUUGAAUUUUCAGGACCCUUAUUAUCUCAAUCAAACAGAGUUGAUGAACUUUUGGAGAACCAUGAACGCCACAUCCGCCGGACCGUGCGAAACUCAUGGUUCCAAAGAGGUAAAAAGCAUGGGAAGUAAGUUAUCAGAUAUGUUUCGUUUCAAUGAUCUGGGAAGAGAUUCAGCUACCAAAGACAAAAUCUGAUUAUAACAGACUUCCCCUCAUGGAUGAACAUCUAUCUGCACACCAUGCCCGAUGAAACACCUUUUACCUAUAGAAGAUCAGGCAAGUGAAAAAAUGAGGGUUUGGAGUGUCUGGGCUGUUCUCUUCCAGUCAAUAUAUAUAUAUAUUUUUUUUAAUUAUUUCAUUGGGAUUUAGCAUCUCUUUUUUUCUGAUGUGAUGAAAACCAUCAGGCUAUGUAUGUAUAACUGGUGAUAUGUUUGAGAAGAGUCUUGUACAUGAUCAUGGUUCAUAAAGCUCAAGUUAACAGGUUCA